GUUAUGGUUGUUUUGGUUUUUACUUUUGUUGUUUAUGUGUAAUUCAAUCAUUUGUUUUCGAGCUAAAACGAAAAGACGUUCUUCUGCAAGGUGACUGAUACAAUUAUUGAAGACAGUAAAACUGAAGAAUCUUUGAACUAUGGGGUCAGAUGACUUUGUUCCAUGGAGGUGGCUGCAGAAACGAGAGCUUGGCAACAAACCAAAUUACGAUGAGAAGACCUCAAUAUACAACCAGCUGUACCUGUCACUGCAAGUUGUAAAUACGUUUGAACCACACAAGACGACAAACCAUUCUCAUCAUGGAGGAAUCUUCAACUUUGACUACUCAACAGAUGGGUCUCUCCUUGUUGCUGCCUGUGAGAAGCAGAGCAUCCUCAUGUUUGAUCCAUUCAAUGGAAAGCUGAUCGACUCGAAGGAUGAAGCUCACGAGGAUUGUGUUAACUGUGUCAGAUUUCUUGACACACGGGUGUUUGCCACUUGUUCUGAUGAUACGACUGUUGCUUUAUGGGAUGCUCGUUACCUGAAGCAGAAGAUCAGAACAUUCCACGGCCAUUCAAACUGGGUGAAAAACAUUGAAUAUGCAAGUGGGCUUGGACUCUUAGUCACCUCCGGAUUUGAUGGAAGCAUUUUCACCUGGGACAUAAACAGUUACUCCAACGAGGAAUAUGUUCCUAACAAAGUGUUCCACACUGGUGCCUUGAUGCGAUCGAAACUGAGUCCCGACAAUUCUCAACUUAUCAUCUCGACUGCGGUUGGAUACCUGAUUAUUAUUCACAACCUGGACCUCCACACUCUAGCUGAGGAUCUGAAUGGAUUCAAACCGACCCUGUAUAGACAGAUGCAGAUUAGUCAACUGGACAACUCCAUGUUGAUUGAAUACAACCAUGUGUUUGAAAGGACUCGAAACAGAGUGGAGUUUAUUAGUGACUUUCCUAAAGGAAAUCAGGCAGAAGUUAUCUCUUCACUACAGAUUCACCCACUGGGCUGGUGUGCCGUCUCGAGAAAUACUAAUGCAAAAGAAAAGUCAGAGUGGACAUGUGUGCAUGACAUACAGACAUUGCCUAAGCCUGACAAAGAGGAUUCUGACAGCAGUUCAGACAAAGAUCUGUCUGAAGCCAGUUGUUCGACGGCAGACAGCGUUCAGACGGACAGUUCUCCUGCAGCGCAGUCUAACGGACCCCAUUUAGACAUCUACGUGAACUCGUACGAAAACCUCGGUCACGCUAUUACAAGACCAAGAGUGCCGCAAGACGUGGAAGAUGACGAUGAUGAUGUUGAUUCUCAAUCAAGUGAUGAAUUUCCGUUGAUUACGGUCAACGGAUUUGGCAGUUAUGACCUGAUUCACUUCAGACGUGCGAACAAUCCCACUGUAUCUCUGUCGCUACAGACAAGUAACUCCAGUGUCUCGGAACCGGCUAGAUCUGACGAGCCAAACGUUGAUGGCACGCCAGAUCCCCCAUUUCAUCUGCACAAUAACAUCUCUCUCAUUCCAUUUCAAGACAUUUUCAAAACGUCCUCGCUGCUAAGAAGGCGGCCACGUAAGAAGAACAAAAACGUCUGUCAGAACAGACCGCGACUGCUGGCCUUCGCUCGGGAACCUAAUGUCGGUAGAGGAUUCAUCAAAGAACUCUGUUUCAGCGCUGAUGGCAGACUGAUUUGCUCUCCGUUUGGCAACGGGGUCAGACUUCUAGCGUUCGAUCCCAGCUGUAGGGAGCUCUGUGAUAACGUGCCCACGUCUCCUGUGCAGCUGUAUGAACUUGGCAGCAGCAUUUCACACAGUGACGUUGUGGUUACCACCAAGUUCUCGCCAGUGCACUGUUUGUACGUGUCGGGCUGCCUCAGUGGGAAGGUUGCUUUCAACCAGCCGCGGUUGUGAGAUUUAAGCAUCGGAAUAUUAAAACAAGGUCACAAAAACUUUGAACAUUUUUUUAGGCCUAGUUUCUCAUCAGUGGUUCAGAUACAGGAGACUUACACCUUAGAGAACUGCUCCCAUAAACAUGGUUUACAAUGAACUGUUGAUCUUGUCAGAAAUGAUUUUUAUGGGCAAAACCAUGAGGAAGAUGUAGGUUUAUAGAGGAUAUCAAAACUGAAUCAUUAAAUUAAAUAUAAAUUGAAAUGUUCAGCAGAUUCUUUCUGGUUGAACCAUCAAUGAGAAAUUAGACCUUACAGUAGCCACCAAAAACUCAUUUAUUAAAAAAUGUGCUAUAUAAUACAGUUUUGCAAGGCUCAAAAUUAAUUUUGUGGAAUGCAAAGCAGUCUUUGCUUUUCAAAUUAUACACUGGAAAAGUAAAUACUAGAAAAUGAGAAGCAGUUGUAGAAAUUAGUGUAAAAAUUGGCUUCUAAUUGCACCAGUUCAUAGUGUAAUAUUUUAACAGUAGUGCUGGAGACUUGAGACCAUACAGGUAAAAGCAUAUGGUUGAUAUUACUGCUCCUUAAAAUCGAGAAUUCUGGAAAUACGUGGAGCACUUUCAAAAAUAAGAUGGAAAGCAAAAGCUGCUUAUGAAACUGCUUAUCAUAAAGAAUAUUAUACCUUUUAAGCGACAUUUACUGCUGGUCACCUGGCAAUUUUUAGCCUUGUGUUGGUGGGCUGCAUUAUGUAAAGUUUGGCAUUUGAUAUCUUAUGAUUGUUUGCAGUUGGUUAGUGGUGAAUUUAACAGUAUUUUCAUUAUUUCAGAUGAUAUGUCCAUGCAAUACCAUAAACCAUUUUUAAAUUACCAAACACAUUUCAUUAACCAUUCCUUUUGUUUCCAACAUGUCUUACUCAUGUGUAUUUCACUGUUUAUGUCUCUGCUUAUAUUACUGUUUUACGAUAAACAAUAAAUUGUGCAGGGUUUUGUCCUACCAUGUAGAGUUUGAACCCGCAAUGUUUUUUUUACCAUUAUAGAAGCUUGUAAUUUAGGUAUGUUUCUUAUUUCCCCAGUUAAUUGCUGAUGCUCACAAGUCGAGUGCUGUACGAAUAGGGCAUAAUUGUAUGUGUGUGCUUUAUAUUACCAAACUACAUUUCCUUAAAGGGACCAUCCUGAGUUUUCGUUUUCAGCUGUUAAGAUGAUGUCGACCAACAGAGACUUUAAUUACUGUAAUUACAUAUUAAAUACAUUUUUCUAAAUAAAAUGUUGGUGAUUGUACAGUAUAUUAAACAUGUUUCUGAUCAUCCUAGUGAUUAUACUAAAGUUAAA